UACCAACACUGCCGUACUGUGAAGUGCUGGACAGCGACUGAACAGCUGGCACGUUUGCCAUUAAUUAGUGCUUUUGUGCAACACAGUGAAAAUAUACAAAUCAUUCGUAUUAGCAGUGUUUUUUUUUUGUUUUUCUAUACGCAGCCCGAAAAAUUAACAUAGUCAAGUGAAAAGAGUGUAUUGCAAGUUGAAAUUUAAGCAAGCAACACAUACACACACACGAACAGCUGCUGUUAGUUGUUGCACGGAGGCAGUGACAAUUUCCCCAUCAGGCAAACAUACGAAUUAUGUGUUGAGCUGAGAGCGAUUGAUCAGCUGGUGGAUAUUACAACAAUAACAGUAAUAGCAGCAGCAGCAGCAACUGCAGCGUCAUGUUUGGCUUCGAUGGCGAGUAUCGGCGCCGUCCGGUGCAAAGUCUGGGUGGCGCCUCGCAGACCUGCGACCGAGACACGGCCAUACGGAAAGCGGCCUUGGAGCGCCAAAAGCGCAACGAUCUGCGACAGAAGGCGAACGGUGCUGUUGUCCUGCAAUCCUAUGCCCGCUCCUUCAUCCAUCGCCAGCGACGCAAGCGCGCCGAACGCGAAGCCUUCGAUGCGUAUCUGCAUGCGCAUCGGGAUCGCGUCACCGAGGAUGAGAGCUUGUGCUUCCUGCUGCGCCGCCUGAGCUUCUUCUACAGCAUUCGUGUGCAAAAGGACAGCGAGCGACUGAUUGAAAUCUGUCAGCAGAUCCUGCGCAAUCCUGUUCGGCUGCUGCAGCAUUCAGCGCACGAUUCCGUUUGGCUGCUGCGCGUCUGCAAGCUGCUGGAUGCGUGCCUGGUUCAGUUGACGCUGCCGCACUGUGCUCAGGCCAUACCGCUGCGCAUGCUGGAGACAUUCACCACGGUCGCCGCCGUGGAGCGUUACGUGGAGGAUGAGACGUUGCUGUACAAGUAUCUGGCUAGUGUGUUCAAUUUCCUAAUUCAACGCAAUUAUUUUGUACGCUUGCGCCAGCUGCUCGACGAGAAGUGCCCGCCGCUGGACGGUGAGACACUGGUGGCGCCUAGUCCGUUUGUCGAUGCACUGCUGCAGCUGCUGCUGCGUCCGUUGACGGUGGCACGACGUCUGCCUGGCGGCGAGCAUUCCCAACUCUUCUGUCGCAAGUUUAUUAGCGACAUCUUGGCCAUGCCGCAUACAGAGCCAAUGCGCUACUUUGUGCUUCCCUGUCUGGCAGAGAGUGCUGAGUUUCCCUUCUCUCUGCUGAUGCACUCGCUGCACAGUCUGCUUGAGCUGAGCACGGCGACGAGCGCUGCUGACUCUGCUGCCAUAGAUGAUGGCGAGCGCAACUCAAUGUUCUAUGGCGUCACUCAGUCCAUCGAUGUGAAGCAGUCCAAGCCACAGUCUCGUGAGCUCUUCAGCUCAUUUCUGCUCAACUCACUGAUGGUGCUCGAUCGCCGGCAACUGGCCACAUUGGAGCAGAGCCAACUGCUGAUUGUCUAUGUGCGCGUUAUUGCCCAAAUGAUGCCUAAUAUUUUGCAGCUGCCAAAGUCAACGCUGCGCACGCAUGCAACACCGCAUCACCGCCACACAGACUCCGAUGAUGAGGACGAUACGGAUGAGUCCGAUGAGGAGGACGAGGAUCAGCCAACGACACGCCAACUGGACUAUGAUAUGGAGCAGUCCUGUCGCACCACAGCCGAACUGAGCGCCAAGGAGCGCAAUUGUCUGCUGGAAUCGAUAGCCAUACUAAACGAAACGCAGCGCGUGGAUUUCAUUGUGCAGCAAAUUGAGCCGCACAUUGAGCACAGUCAGGUUAUCUAUGCGCUCUGCGAGAUCUGUCACAAUCUGAUGAUAUACAAUAAGCAUGCGGUUUACGAAUAUAAACUGCUUUACACAUUGGCCUUUACGCCAAAGUUCAUACGCGCCGUUUGGUUCAAGCUGGCCGCCGAGUCCACGCAGCUCGGCUUCUCAGCGCCGCUCACACUUAUCUCCAAGGGUGUUGUGCCAGCCAAGCAGCAGGGCGUGGAUCGUACUAUACCUUUGUUGGCCACGUUUUGCAUGCUCUUUGGACGCCUCUUGCCCACGCUGCACGAUGUGGAGUUCGUGGAGAAUAAGCUGCUGGUGACGCCAGCCCUGCAACAUGUGCGUCUGAUGCCAUUCUCUAUUGCGGAAAUUGUGCAAAUGUCCAAGACGUUGAAGGACAUAAGUCUCGGCCUCGUUGAGCUGGCGUUUCGCAGUGUGCUCGGCCAUACGGAUGCGGAUGACAAGAAGCUGCGUCAUCAGAAGCAAAUCUGGGCCAAUCUGUUAAAUGUUGUGGUAUUCGUGCUCAAUCAGAUACAUACUCGUGAUCUGCGUCUGGGCUUCUGUCCGGAGGCACAUUGGACAGUCUCCCGCUUGGAUUUGCCGCUCGAUAGGCCAACGGAUCUGCCCUUGACACACAGCAGUCGCUUGCGUGGCAUACGACCAUUUCAGCCUAUACGAGACUUUACGCGCGAGGAUUUCGAGAACGGGCCGCCCAUGUCAACGAAACAGAAGCGAUCCAUUACCAUCCUACGCGAAAUACCCUUUGUGGUCGCAUUCAAUAAGCGUGUGAGCAUACUUCAGGGCCUGGUCGCGGCCAACAAGAUGCGUGUGCAGGGACAUCUGCAGGCCUUUCUCCAGGGCCCCUCCAUUAUGAUAACGGUGCGCCGUUCGCAUCUCUACGAGGAUGCCUACGACAAGCUACGUCCCGAGAAUGAGCCGGACUUGCGUUUAAAGUUUCGCAUACAGUUUGUCUCCUCGCUGGGAUUGGAUGAGGCGGGCAUUGAUGGUGGCGGUGUUUUUCGCGAAUUUCUAUCGGAGCUCAUUAAAACCGCCUUUGAUCCCAAUCGUGGCUUCUUUAUGGUGACAACGGACAACAAAUUGUAUCCCAAUCCCAAUGUUGCCGAUUUGUUUGGCGACUUUGAGAAGCAUUACUAUUUCAUUGGUCGCAUUUUGGGCAAAGCAAUUUAUGAGAAUCUGUUGGUCGAGCUGCCGUUGGCCGAGUUCUUCCUAACCAAAUUGGCCGGCAAAUAUUCCGAUGUGGAUAUCCAUCAAUUGGCCUCACUCGAUCCAGAGCUAUAUCGAAAUCUGUUGUAUCUCAAGGACUAUACGGGCGAUGUGAGUGAAUUGAAUUUGGAUUUUACGGUCGCCAGCAGCUCGCUGGGACAGACACAGGUGGUGGAACUGAAGCCACAGGGCCAGAGCACGCCGGUCACCAAUUCGAAUCGCAUCGAGUAUCUGCAACUGAUAGCCAACUAUAAGCUAAAUGUGCAGAUCAAACGACACUGCAAAGCCUUCCGCAAGGGACUGUCCAAUGUGCUGCCCAUCGAGUGGCUUUACAUGUUCAGCAACAAGGAGCUGCAGAUACUCAUUUCUGGCGCUGAAAUACCCAUCGAUCUGGAGGAUUUGAAGAAGCACUGCAAAUAUGGCGGCGAAUAUACACCCGAGCAUCCCUCAAUCGUUGCCUUCUGGGCGGCUGUGGAGGGUUUUAAUGAUCUACAACGACGCCAGCUGCUCAAAUUUGUCACCAGCUGCUCGCGUCCACCGCUGCUCGGAUUUAAGGACUUGGAUCCGCCGUUCUUCAUACAGAACGCUGGCGACAUGGAGCGCCUGCCAACGGCCAGCACCUGCACGAAUCUGUUGAAGCUGCCGCCCUUCAAUACCAUUGAGCAGAUGCGCGAAAAGUUGCUAUAUGCCAUACAGUCUGGUGUGGGUUUCGAACUUAGUUAAAAUGUAUACCGCUCACCCUCACAAUCUACACACACACACACACAUACACAUACACAUACAUACAUACAUACUAACACACACACACACAUAUCGAAUGCAAUAAGGCCACACACCGACACCGAUCGGAGUUCGCCUAAUCCAGCAGCAGCAGCAACAGCAGCAGCAGCUGGUCAAGCACCAAUUCCACUUCAUUUAGAGUUGUACAUUAUGAUUAACGUACUAAUUAAUUGUCUAAUGUAAAUGUAUGGAAGCUUAUGAGAUAUGUUUUUCCAGGUUUUUCUUUUUUAGUUAAUUUCUUGUGUUUUCUUUCGUAUUACACAAUAUAAAUGUAAAAAAAACAACAAA